AGCAGCCGGCGAACAUACACCAUAUAUAGCUCUUGGUAAGGCCCCUUCUCCUACAAAUACAACCCCAAGGAAACAGAAGAACAAUCAUCCACUUUGAAAUUACAAAUAUAUUCCUCAGUCCACGCCCACAAACCAAACCCCUGCAAUGGGAUCUCCCCAAGACACCAUACAACAACCUCUGCUUCAACCACAACUAUCACACACAAAAUCCGAAACAAGCCCAGAACUCGAGAAUACGUUAUCGGACUUUAACCUUUCCUUCUUUGAUCGAAUAAGGAAAGCAACAUGGAUCGAGACCAAGCUCCUGUUCCACCUUGCUGCACCUGCUGUUAUUGUUUAUAUGAUCAACUAUCUCAUGUCUAUGUCCACCCAAAUCUUCUCCGGUCACCUUGGUAAUCUUGAACUCGCCGCAGCCUCCCUUGGAAACACUGGCAUCCAAGUCUUUGCAUAUGGUCUCAUGUUGGGAAUGGGAAGUGCUGUGGAAACGCUAUGCGGACAAGCCUUUGGUGCACAAAAGUACGACAUGCUAGGCAUAUAUCUUCAAAGAUCAGCGGUUCUGCUCACCUUAACGGGGAUUCUUCUCACGGUCAUCUAUAUCCUCUCCAAACCAAUCUUACUAUUACUUGGUGAAUCGAGUGAGAUUGCCUCAGCAGCUGCAAUUUUCGUCUACGGCCUAAUCCCGCAAAUAUUUGCAUACGCCAUAAAUUUCCCAAUACAGAAAUUUUUGCAGGCUCAGAGCAUAGUGGCCCCAAGUGCUUACAUAUCAACAGCCACAUUGAUCAUACAUUUGCUGCUAAGUUGGCUGGUGGUGUACAAAGUUGGGCUUGGUUUGUUGGGUGCAUCAUUGGUGUUGAGCUUGUCAUGGUGGAUUGUGGUGAUUGCUCAAUUUGUGUACAUAGUUAAAAGUGACAAGUGCAAAUACACAUGGAAUGGAUUCAGUGUUCAAGCCUUCACUGGCCUGCCGGGCUUCUUCAAGUUGUCGGCUGCAUCGGCGGUGAUGUUGUGCUUGGAAACUUGGUAUUUUCAGAUUCUGGUUUUGUUAGCAGGAUUGCUUGAGAACCCACAGUUGGCUUUAGAUUCACUCUCCAUUUGCAUGACGAUUUCUGGAUGGGUGUUUAUGAUUUCAGUUGGGUUCAAUGCGGCGGCAAGUGUAAGAGUAGGGAACGAGCUAGGAGCAGGACAUCCAAAAUCAGCAGCGUUUUCAGUAGUAAUAGUGACGGUAUUUUCAUUCAUUAUCUCGGUGGCGGCGGCUAUAAUAAUUAUGCUUCUGCGUCACGUUAUUAGCUAUGCCUUCACUGAGGGUGAAGUGGUGGCUGAGGCUGUUUCCGAUCUCUGUCCGCUUCUAGCACUAACCCUUAUCCUCAACGGAAUUCAGCCUGUUUUGUCUGGUGUGGCUGUUGGGUGUGGAUGGCAAGCUUUUGUUGCAUAUGUCAAUGUUGGCUGUUAUUACGUGGUCGGGAUUCCCUUGGGUUCUCUUCUUGGCUUUUACUUUAAUCUGGGUGCCAAGGGCAUAUGGUCAGGUAUGAUUGGUGGCACGGUAAUGCAAACCCUCAUCUUGAUUUGGGUCACAUUUCGGACAGACUGGAAAAAGGAGGUGGAAGAAGCUAGAACAAGAUUGGAUAAAUGGGAGGAUAAGCAGCCCAUUUUGAAGUAGACAGUCGAUCGAACAUGGUCAGCCAUUUGUUAUGGUGCAGCUCCAACA